AUGGGUGAAUUUACUUGUUUGACAUGCCAGCUAGUGGCCGAAGGGGAUGAGAUAUCAAAGCAUUUGGCUCAAACUAGACACAAGACUGUCAAAUAUAAUGACGUAGAUGAAACUAUAGAGUGUGAAGAAUGCGAUGACUCCAACAUCCAUACGCUUGUGGUAGCCAGAUUUGGGCUUUCGGAUAUGGCUUUGUUAUGCCAGGAGUGCUUAUCGAAAGAAGACAAGCCGGCAACACAGUAUGCUCUAUCUAACGGUUCCUUAUUCAAGAAGAUUGAACAGUACUACACAUAUAGGGACACUCAAUGUAUGGAAUGUGGGUCAGAGAACAAACUAAAUGUUCAAAAGGGUCAUCCUGAAGUAGUUCUUUGCAAAGACUGUUUGGCAAAAGGCAUUUUUAACCAAAGCAAUUUCGUCAGUGAAAAUGAUGAAAACUUUCUCGGAGAGCUUCUUGGUAUCAAAGAGUUUAUCCCCAAGAAUCUGAAAACAAGAUCUCAUAGAAAGGGCGACCGCAAAGGUGGCAAAAAAGGAAAACGUGAAUCACGUCCUAAGAAGGUGACUCAAGAAACUGAGCAAAGGAGAGCUCAUUACGAAAACUCAAGAGCUACUUCAAUGGCUAUAAAAAGUGGAAAGACGAUGUUGGCAGUAGGUUCAGAAUCACCUACUCCUACAAGAUCUAAGAGUCCAACGCUCCCUCAAAAAUCGAGAGCCAAGGAAAGUAGUCCGGCAAAACUGUCGUUUUCGAAAAAGAAGCAAGCGACGUUCAAUGGUCCAUCAAUUUCAGAGAAGUCGAAACUGAGUUCAAACCGCUCUGUCCCAACGAAAGGAAAGAGCACUUUCAAUAAAGGAGCCAAUGGAUCCCAUUCAUCUAUGCCCACGCAGAAACAAGCUUUUGCAUCUUCAAAGUUGAAAGAAUCCCACUCAAAGGAAGAAGGUGAUAAAAAGGUACGAGAGUCGAAUAAAUCGAGCUCUAAGGACUCCAAAGGCGUAAAAGUGUCUCUCAAAAAACCCGAAAAGGGGAAUAUCAAGAAGGCUGAUAUCAAGAAGGCUGAUUUCAAGAAGAUUGAUGGCAAGAAGAAAGAAAAUCAAAAGGCUGGCCCCAAGAAGAAUGAGAAUGAGAAGGCUAACUUCAAGAAGAGAGAAAACGGUAAAGACGAAUCUGCUAACAAAAAAGCACCAAAGGAUAUUGCCAACACAAAGAGUCAGAAAAACGGCACCAAGACACAAGAACAAGCUCAAUUUGUUCUUCCACCUAACAUAUCAAAGUAUGUGCCGUCACCGGAAACGAAACUUUCAUACGAAUCGAUAAACUCAUAUUUCAAAGAAAUGAGUUACAACCUAUAUCUUGAAGAAAAGCUAAGUAACGAUGCUUCGAACCUGAAUUUAUUUAUUGAUUCAUCAGAUAUGACGAUAGAAUGGUAUGCUGAACAAGAUAAGAAAUAUAAGCAAUAUAAGGUAUCAAUACUAGUGGAUGAGACAUUUGCUAAAAGAUUUAUAUCCAAGAAAAUGUUGAAUUUUAAAAAGACACCCUUCUCUCUUUCGCAAACCAUCUUUUUGGUUUUAAAUGACGAAAUAUUUUGGCCUGGACAAAUUGUAACAUCUGAUACUAAGAGUGCAACAAAAAAUCGCAAGAAUGGACCUAAGAUAUAUGAAAUGGUUAUUCAGUUGUAUGACUGGAAUGAUCAGCCAUUACCGGUUUCUGUGAAUGUCCAUUGGCUCAAAAUAAUGCCAGCUUCAGUUCCAAUCAGUAGAGUUUUCCUUGCGAUGUCAAGAAUAGAAAACUCGAAAUUUACUAAAAUGAUUUUGGGAAAGGAACAAAUCCGUCAAAUAUCUUUCAAAAACUACGUCAAAUAUAGCAGAGAUACUCUUAAUGAUUCGCAGAAAGUGGCAGUUCAAUCAGUGUUAAAUAAUUCAAUUACAGUGCUCAAGGGUCCUCCAGGAACUGGUAAAACAUCAACAAUUUACGAAAUAGUAUUGCAGUUAUUAGAAAACUUGAACACUUAUCCAAUUUUAGUUGUCGCUGCCUCAAAUAUUGCUAUUGACAAUAUUGCAGAGAAGCUUUUGCUGAGACAUGAGCGUUCAAUCUUGAGAAUAGUAUCCAAUGAAAAGGAGAAGGAGUACAAUAGGGAACAUCCGUUAGCUGCAAUAUGUUUGCACCAUAAAGUAUACGAUGCCCUACCGCUAUCCAUGAAGCAAGCUUUAGAUGACAUACGUUUCAAUAGCGGUAGAAAUGUUAGUCAAAAUAUGUACAAAAAUUUACUAGCAAAACAAAUUUCUUUGUCAAACACUUUUAUAGCACAAGCUAGGGUGAUCUUUUCGACGACCGUAGUUGCAGGAGGAAAUCAAUUGAAAUCUGUUAGUAAAUUGCCUGUUGUUAUAAUGGAUGAAGCUACACAAUCCACUGAACCAACUACAUUAAUACCGAUGUCUAUGCCUGGUGUUGAUAAAUUUGUUUUCGUUGGUGAUCAAAAACAAUUGAGUAGUUUCACUCAGGUCCCUAAACUAUCUUUAUCUCUUUUUGAAAGAGUAUUACUUAAUGGAACCUAUAAGGAACCGCACAUGUUGGAUACGCAAUAUAGGAUGCAUCCUAUGAUAAGUGAGUUCCCAAGAAAAAGGUUCUAUGAUGGUUUAUUAAAGGAUGGAAUAACUGCAGAAGACAGGUAUCUAGAAGGAAUUCCAAAAAAUCCCGUCUACUUUUGGGAUACAGUUGGAAAAGUCCCUGAGCAAAGGGUUAGAGUUGGGUUCCGUGAAGAUAGAGGAUAUACCUACACAAAUAAAGGAGAGGCGGAUAUGAUUAUCAAAGUUUUAAUUGACCUUAUUUAUAACAAGAAUAUUCCCAAGUCUGAAAUUGGAAUUGUUACGCCUUAUAGAGGUCAAAGAGACUUGAUAUCGUCCAUAAUGGUGGGAAACGAUUUGAUCAACCCCGAGAAAGAUAUUAUUCAUGAGGAUGACGAUAGGGAUGAUAUAUACAAUGAGACAAAAACCGUUACUGUGCAGAUUGUUUCAAAUAUCAUGGUUGCAUCGGUUGAUGCUUUUCAGGGUCGUGAGAAGAACAUCAUUAUAAUGUCUUGCGUCAGAUCAAAUACUGAUAACAAAAUUGGUUUCCUUACAGAUGAGAGAAGACUUAAUGUUGCCUUGACAAGAGCUAAAUAUAGCCUCAUUCUAGUCGGUGAUGCCUCGUGCUUGUCCAAGAGUAGCACUCUUUGGAAGGAAUAUUUGGACCAUUUAAAAGAAAAAAAUUCCGUCUUUGGCUCAGAGGAGUUCACCUAUUAG